UCUUUGAUACAGUUUCGUUGUAGAGUUUAUGUGAAUAGUUCUGAUGUUGCCGAAUGAAACCGGCUGUGUGAUAAUCGCGUGAGCAUGAAGGUGAAUGGCGUUUUACGAGGACAAACGAUGGCUUUUGAAGCACAUACGACAUUCCUUCAUCACUGGAGACGAAUCGCAGCUCUGCGAGCACGUCCUGCUGAACAAUGAUUUCCCAUUGCCGAAAAGCGAUUAUGACAGUGACGACGACCAGGUAAUAGUGGAUGAUGAUCUGUCCGCUGGACUGUCGGAUUCGCCGGAGAUUGUCAAUUCGACGAUGCACCGACCUCGAACCUACACGGCCAUUCGACUCGAGAAGAUCAAACGAGACCGCGAAGAAUGUUGCGGCACCAAGACGAUCGUGUGGUCGUUGACCAAGGAUCAAACUGUUCCAAACGCCGAACUUGACGAGCUCUUUGCCAAACGCGAAAGCAAUCGGUUGAAGGCCCGAGGGGUAUCGCAAUUAUCGUCGUUGUUGAGCAAAACUCCGGCCGUGCCGCCGAAUCCGUUUGCGCCGUAUGCUCGGUUUGACGGGGCGUAUUACGCCGGUGACAUCGUUGUGAAGAAAAUCAAAAUCUUUCUGACUAUCCUGCCGCCGACAGCUCCGGUCUUGUCCCUGGAAAUCAGUGUCGUUGCCACAGCCAAGAUCUCGGAUUUAAUCGGCUUGAUUUGCUGGCAAUACACCAGCCAGAUUCGUGAACCUCACCUUCCGUAUGACUCAGUCGACGCCUACAAGCUUCUGUUUGCCGAAGAAGACGGGGAGUUUGAUUUCGAUUUCCCGUGUUUGGAGAAAUCCGAAGUGGUGUCCAAAUUUCAGUUCUCCUGUCUGGCGCUUGUGUCAUCGCGCACUCGAGAAACCAUCGCGCCGUUCACGCCCAACCUCGUCGCAAAAGUUGUUGUGUUACCUUCGCGCGAUUUGAUCGAAGUCGUGUUGCCCAACGGCGGCAUUGGAUUGACGGUGAGCGAUCUGAUCAAGCUGACGGAACUUCAAUGCACGUCUAAGGCUUUGGCGAAUCGACUCAAGACCAAGACUUACGUUAUGAGGGACAAGGCAGACCCCAACAAUGCUUUGCUGAGUCUAAAUGCUAAACUUCUGGAGUGUAGAUCUCGGGACUUCGUUCUCGCACCUUCGGAAACCAGAACGGAGGAGAUCAGAAUGCGGAAGCACUUGCUGGUGAUGGAAGCCGCACUGUACGAGUCAUACAGUGUGUCGCUUCUACAGCGGAUGCGCGGUGGUACGGAAAUACACUUGGGCAUUUCCGGUGACAAGAUAGAAGUAAAUCCCGUUUCCAAAAGCUCGGGAUUUGGUCUGCUCGCUGGUGGUGGAUUCGCGAAGCCUGUUACCUACAACAUGGAUUCUAUCGCGGAUUGCAGCAUCGUGGAGGAGAAAUACGGAAGGAAGUCGGUAGUCCGGCUUGUUCACCGAACACCAGCAGGCGAAUACAAAAACCUGGAUUUUGAGUGCAAUCACGAUACGGCAAGAACCAUUGACCAAAAGUGCAAACAUAUUCUCAACCUGCUUAGCAGCGUUACGCGUCAAGAGUACCUGGAGAUGGACGCUGGAAAGAAGUCGGGGAAGAAAGGAAUUCCUUGAAGACUCCUUGAAAAGCUAGAAUGACAAAAAUGGAUGUGAUACAAGACCCUCAGAAAAAGAGAAAGUAAUCGAUGUGUUUCCCGCGCCGUAACCUUGGAAAACAUCGACUUCGCGUUGAAUGUCAUGAGACUCAUCCGUUCUUUCAGCCGACAUUCGAGUACAAUAUUUAUUCGAUCGCAUAUAUUUUGUGACGAACGACAGUAAUUUUUUCCGAUGAAGUUACCGAGGAUAAGGGGAUAUUUUUAGUAAUGUGUGGGACAAUCGGAACUAUUCUUGACGAAAUUUUCUCUUGUCUCGUGGCUAUCUACGCGAAGUCGGUGCAGGUGCUCGUAGUCAUGGAUUUAGAACUGUGAAAAACCGAUCUUAUUAUUUGGAACAAUUAAUGUGGAAAAACAAA